AAAGCUGUAAACACAGGGCGUCUGCGCCUUAACUAGGACAAUAAAGCGUUUUCUUUAUCAAUGCACUAGCAAUGAACUUAACCGUUAUGGUCGUGAUAAAACUGUUUUUCUUUCUGUGCGUCUCGAAAUGCACACCAGGUUACUAUGGCAACCAUUUGAAUAAAUAUAUCCGCCACUAUGAAGGUCUGUCCUAUGACACAGAUCUGGUGCACAACAAGCAUCAGAAAGUCAAGCGAGCAGUCUCCCACGAAGACCAGUUCCUUCACCUUGACUUCCAUGCUCAUGGAAGACAUUUUAACCUGCGGAUGAAGAGGGACACACAACUCUUUGCUGAAGACUUUAAGCUUGAUGUGUCUGGAGAAGAAACUGACUAUGACACCUCUCAUAUCUACACUGGGGAGCUCUAUGGUGAGCAGGGAAGUAUGAGUCAUGGCUCUGUUGUUGAUGGUAAGUUUGAGGGCUUUAUUAAGACGCACCGGGGGACUUUUUAUGUGGAGCCUGCUGAGAGAUACUUGGAGGGCAAAAAUGUGCCAUUCCACUCCGUCAUCUACCACGAAGAUGAUAUCCACUACCCUCAUAAGUAUGGGCCUGAGGGGGGCUGUGCAGACCAUGCAGUGUUCGAGAAAAUGAAGAAAUAUCAGGCUUCUGCUGUUGAGGAGUCAGCCAAGAUCGCAGAUGUGGUGUCAGAGAAGGGGUCCUUGGAUGACAAUGUGUUGCAUAGGAAAAAGAGAAUGACUCAGGUGGAAAAGAACACAUGUCAACUCUUUAUUCAGACAGACCACCUUUUUUACAAAUACUACAAGACCAGAGAGGCUGUCAUUGCUCAGGUAAUAGGACUAAUGCAGCUCAGAUUCUCCAGCCAUGUUAAGGCGAUUGAUGCGAUCUACCAGGGUACAGAUUUUCUCGGCAUCCGCAACAUUAGCUUCAUGGUGAAGAGGAUUAGGAUCAAUGAGACGAAUAAUGACAAGGACCGGUCCAACCCAUUUCGUUUUGCUAACAUUGGGGUGGAGAAAUUUCUGGAACUGAACUCUGAGCAGAACCACGAUGAUUACUGCCUAGCCUAUGUCUUCACUGACAGAGACUUUGAUGAUGGUGUGCUGGGCCUGGCCUGGGUGGGAGCACCUUCAGGGAGUUCUGGUGGUAUCUGCGAAAAAAGUAAGCUGUAUUCUGAUGGGAAGAGGAAGUCCUUGAACACUGGGAUUAUAACUGUGCAGAAUUACGCCUCCCACGUGCCUCCAAAAGUCUCACACAUCACCUUCGCCCAUGAAGUGGGACACAACUUUGGGUCUCCACAUGACUCGGGCUCUGAGUGCACUCCUGGCGAAUCAAAGAGCCAGGACAAGAAGGAGAAGGGUAACUACAUCAUGUACGCUAGAGCCACAUCAGGAGACAAGCUCAACAACAACAAGUUCUCUGUGUGCAGCAUUCGCAACAUCAGCCUAGUGCUGGAGAAAAAGAGGGGGAACUGCUUUGUGGAGUCUGGGCAGCCGAUCUGUGGUAAUGGCCUGGUAGAGCCAGGAGAGGAGUGUGACUGUGGCUACAAUGACCAGUGUAAUGACCAGUGCUGCUAUGAUGCUAACCAGCCAGACAACAAGAAGUGCAAACUCAAACCUAACAAAGUGUGCAGUCCCAGCCAGGGUCCGUGCUGUACAGCUGUAUGUACGUACAAGAGCAGUAAUGAGAAGUGUCGGGAGGAGUCAGAGUGCGCCCACCCUGGCAUGUGCAAUGGAGCUUCAGCCCAGUGCCCCACAUCAGAGCCCAAAGCCAACUUCACUGCCUGCAAUGGAGAAACCCAAGUCUGCCUUAACGGGGGCUGUUCGGGCUCUAUCUGUGAGAAGUAUGGCCUGGAGGUGUGCACCUGUGCUAGUGUGGAUGGGAAGGAUGAGACAGAACUCUGCCAUGUCUGCUGCAUGGAGAAGAUGAACCCAAGCACAUGCAGCAGUACAGGCUCGGAGCGCCUGGCCCGCUUCUUUAAUAAGAAGGUGACCACGCUGCAGGCAGGCUCUCCCUGCAACGACUUUAAGGGCUACUGUGACGUGUUCAUGAAGUGCAGGUUGGUGGAUGCUGAUGGACCCCUGGCCAGACUGAAGAAAGCCAUCUUCAACCCAGAGCUUUAUGAGAACAUUGCAGAGUGGAUAGUGGCUCAUUGGUGGGCAGUGUUGCUGAUGGGUAUUGCUUUGAUCAUGCUCAUGGCUGGAUUCAUCAAGAUUUGCAGUGUGCACACACCUAGUAGUAACCCCAAACUCCCCCCACCAAAACCUUUGCCAGGCACUCUGAAGAGGAGGCGAGCUCAACAUGCUGCUCAGCAGCAGCAGCAGCAGCAGCAGCAGCAGCACCAUCACCAUCACAACCAGAACCAGCACCCUCAUGGCCACGCCCAUCAAAACCAGCACCCUCACGGCCAUGCACAUCAAAACCAACGGCAGCGGCAGGCCCAGCCCCCCCGCCACCACCGCCAGCCUCGAGAGAACUAUCAGAUGGGCCAGAUGAGGCGCUGAGACCCCACCCCACAUCCUCAGAGAGCCCUUGGCAAAUCCACACCAUCACUACCACUACCCUCCCAGUGCCUGCCUACAGUGGGAUAACGGUCACUUAAGUUUUCACUACUUCACAGCCAGAAUUCUAGUUUCAGCCCCACUGGAAUACACACAUUGUUUUCCAGUUGUAAAGAAUUCUGAAAUUCUUUACCAUUUGCCAUUCUAGAACUCCAGUUUGGUUUGAUCUGGAUUUGUUCCUUCUGGCUGUAGAACAAGGCUUUACUCCAAAGAAUCCAACUGGACCAGCACAUGGAACCAUCAAUACACUCCCUGUAUUACACUACACCAACCAGUUUUUAACAGCUGUACAUUACAGCCACAAACUCCAACAGUAUGCUACCAUAAGAGCAAGUCCUUAUAAAGCAGCUUUUGUCAGUAGUCAUACACUAAACAGGAAUCGUUUACAAUAAUAUGUCCAGCUCUCCGUAGAGGAAAUCUGGACUGGUCCAUUAUGCUUCCAGUUUACCAUCUUUCUACUGAGCCACUAGAAUGCAGUGAAGGACAUCUCUGCUGCGUUCAGCAGGACCGAGUUCAAACUGCAUGGACAUCUUGGGCUGUUCUCCUACAAAUAUCCGAAGGGGAAUGCAAAAUUAAAAAAAAACAAACAAACAAAAAAAAAAACCUUUGCCAGUCACCCUUGAAAAAAUAGCAAUGAACAGACAAUGACCACAACAAAAAAGAGACUUUCAGUCUUGAAAUCGUCUUACAUUAGUGUUUUUCAUUCCCUACGUGUGCCUAGGUUUAAGGGACCAGGCAUAGAUACAGCAUCAACUGUAAUUUCAGUAGGGUUUUUCUUUGUUUUAAACAGUUAAAAUAGUCUUGCAUUGUUUUAUGAUAAAAAGUAUCUGUUUAAUCAAUGCCAGGAUAUGGGAUAUUUGCAACACAAUUCAGAUUCUUUUGUUUUGCAGUCAAGCAAAGGAUCAAGCCUGAUGUCUCCUCCAUGCAGCAGCGGCCUACUGCAUCGCUGUACAGUUACAAUGCUAUAGAGAACAAAUUGUAUUAUAUGUGGGAACGAAAAAGUAUUUCUUCUAUUAUGAAAAGAAAUAAGUUGUAGUUUUAAUCAACAUUCUCAGGACUUGGACACAAAUGAAGGGACUGCACAUGAGCAAAGAUGUAGGGAUGCUUGAGUCAGGGAGAGUAGAAAUUAUACAAAUUAAGGUGGCAUCUCGGUGGAUCUGGUGGUGGUUGGUUGGCGUUUUGUUUUGUUUGUUUGAGAGGUCCACAUAGCCAGCACAAAACCCAAUUAUCCUCAGAUUUUCAACAUUUUCAUACUUUUUCUGUUGAACCACUAACACUUCAAGAGCAUUGUCACUUCACCGACUUAUUGCAAACAUCCAGACAGUAUAGCUAUUCAGACAUGCAUGCUGAGAAUGCGCAUUAGUCCAUCGACGUUAAAUGUGUACAUCUUAACAUAUAUGAAUGAGAUUUGAUUUAAAGUUUACAUUUUAAGGUCUGUACCAUUUUCAUUCCUUUGGAAUAGUUUGUGUACUUAGAAGCUCUUACUUUUUGCUUAUGCCUGCUGUUUAAAAAGCUCUUCAAAUCCCUGUGGAUUAACCUGUGUCUGUCAUGGACCUCUUGCAGUUCUUAGUACAUCAGAGUUCGCAGCUUCUCUAAAUAUCAACCUUAUCAGUUUCCUCUGAUGUGAAAAUUUUCUGUGGUGACACAGUGGUUGAUUUGAGCUAUUAUCUAAUCUGUUUUACCCAUUACCUAACACCUGCUAAGUGAACCACAAAGGUCAAAAGGGUUUUAGAGCCACUUUAUUACCUUGAGCAUUUAAUUUAUUCAGUCUGGUCAAAUCUGCUAAAAUGUAAUCUAAGCAGACAUGGCAUAGAUUUUUGUUUAAAAAAUUGUUUUUUAGUUUUUGUAAAUGCUUCAUGGAAAUGGGUCAUUUGUGCUGUACUUUACUACAGGUUGUACAGAUCAAACGAGGGCCUUUUAUGCGAGUCAGUUGAUCAUUUUGUUUAGACCCUUUGAGUAGACUCGUCAAAUUGGAGUUUACAGUAGCCUUAAUCAUUCAAUGAAAUUGAAUGACUAGGUUAUAUAAUGCUAUCUCAAUGGUGAGUUGAGGUUUGGUUACAUUAUGCUAUCUAGAUGAGUUGUCCUUUUAGUCAUUAGCCCCAUAAAAUGCCUGAUACUGUACCACUACGUUUACAUCAAUCCAACCACUGCCAUGUCCAUGAAGGCUUACCGUGUUUCUGAAGCCAUGCCGUACAGUGGAUGGACGGGUGGACAGGAGUCUCAGGCAUUCCAGAGUCUGGUAGCAGGGAUGGCACUGUUUGACCUCAGGGCUGUCAUCUCUCUUUCAGAUUGAGAGAUUCUCAUCUAAACUAAAGUUUCCAAUUCUGUUGGAAACAAGGAUUCCAAUAUGGUCAUUUCCAAAUUAACUUGCUUCCAUAGCUAAGGGUUUCAUAGGUAUGCAGAGAUCCAGACAUGCAGAUGGGCUCAGUUGUCUUUUUUUUAUUUCAAAUGCAUUAAGAACAACAUGAAAUGACUGGACUCCAUUGUAUGAGAACCACUGAUGAGAGAUCCCAGUCUCAAAGGGUCAUGGAGCAGCAAAGAUGCUAUCAUGAACACUGCUCUACUGACAUAGCUGUAAACUUCCUCUAUUGUAAAGUAUGUACAGUUCCUGAAGCGUAAUUUUAAAUUUGAAGAUGAAUAUGAGAUUUUGAUACUUGUAUGUCUGUUCUUUUCCCCGUUUACUUUUGAGAAUUCAAAUGUGACCAUAGUUGACAUUUUUCUCUUUUUUCACAUUCAUCAGAGUAGGACUUGUGCUCAUAGUUGGCUAUCUUUUUCUUUACAGCAGGACAAUGAUAAAAUAUUUCAGUGCAAUGAAGUGCAUAGGUCUUUAAUUCCAGUUUUUCAUUAGGUUCCCUUGUGGUGUGCGAUGGUUCGAGGAGCAUAUCAUCUCCCUGUAUCUGAUAUUUCUUCUCUUUCCCCCUUCCCUUUUUUUUUUUUUUUCCUUUUUAAAUUUUGUGUAGUCUUGGUGAAAUCUUUAUAGAAAAAAAAGUGCACUGAAAAAUGUCUGAAUCGAGUCAACAUGUAGGUGAUUUAUAGGCGGAAAGAUCACAAAACUUAGAAAAAAAAAUACUACUGUCUGUUAAUGUUAACUGUGUUUUAUACAGUACCUAAAUUUUUGUUCACUUUGAACAUUUUUACUUAACAUUUCAAAACGUAUUGUGCAAAGAUGAUGUAAUUUUUGGAGUACUUGAAAUGCAUUAAUAAAAGGCUGAAUGGAAA